UUGUUUGCCUCCAACACCGAGCUCUACGCCUGCGUAUUCAUGGGUGUGUCGACGAACGUUUAGUCUGCAGGUUUGUUCUGACUGAAUCUCCUUGUAGAAGUAGAUCAUCACUCGUCAUGAGUUACUUCAUGUCCACUACAGUAGCAGUGACAGUUGGAGUGGUGCUGGUCUCAACAGCAGGUCUGCUGGGUUAUUAUUACUUUAACAGGAAAAGGAAACCACAGAUUACACUGAUUGAUCCCUCUGAAAAAUACAAAUUGAGACUAGUAGACAAAGAGAUCAUAAGUCAUGAUACCCGCAGGUUUCGGUUCGCCUUGCCUAGCCCAGAGCAUGUUUUGGGAUUACCAGUAGGCAAGCAUGUUUAUCUCUCUGCCAGGAUUGAUGGGAAUUUGAUUGUGCGUCCUUACACACCAGUGUCCAGUGAUGAUGACAAAGGAUUCGUUGACCUAGUUGUGAAGAUUUAUUUUAAGAAUGUGCACCCAAAGUUCCCCGAAGGGGGAAAGAUGUCCCAGUACCUGGAGAGUUUGAGGAUCGGAGAUGUGAUUGACUUCAGAGGACCAGGAGGUUUGCUGGAGUACAAAGGGGAAGGUCAGUUCGCUAUACAGGCCGAUAAGAAGGCCCCUGCCGAGACCAAGACUGUAAAAACAUUGGGUCUUAUCUCUGGAGGAACAGGCAUUACACCAAUGUUGCAGCUGAUUCGUGACAUUAUCAAGAACCCAAGUGACACAACUACAUGCAGCCUGCUCUUUGCCAACCAGACUGAGAAGGACAUUCUGCUGAAGGAUGAGCUGGAGGAGAUUCAGGCGAGGCAUCCAGAUCGCUUCAAACUCUGGUUCACGGUGGACAGAGCUCCUGAAGAUUGGGAGUACAGUCAGGGCUUCAUCAAUGCUGAGAUGAUUCAGGAGCACCUGCCUCCACCCAAUGACGACUCUAUGAUCCUCAUGUGCGGUCCACCUCCCAUGAUCCAGUUUGCCUGUAAUCCCAACCUGGACAAACUCGGCUACCGGCAGAGCCAACGCUUCGUCUAUUAGACCGUUCUCGGCGUUCAAGGCCCAGACCACUAAAUACUCCAAAGAUACAGACACUGAGUUGCACACAAUUGUGUUUAAGCAAAUAUGACAUUUCAAAUCUGCUCUUAUAUAGCAAAUUACCCUGUUAUGGACAGUAUAUAAUACAUAUUAAAUGUUUAAAUGCUAGUCUGUCCAGGCGUAAUUGAUUCUUCAUAUUAAAAGCCCUUAAUUAUAUAACAUGAUACGACGAUCUGCUGUCUCCUCAGGCUUUAUAUUCACCAUUGUGGUUUGAUGUGCUCUGAAAGCUCACAAUAAGAUGCUGAAACUAGGAGGAAAAAAACAAUCUAAUGCACUUGAAAAGGCACCAGUGUGUUAAGACACCUGCUUGCUGAAUUUAAUGCUGAAUAUUAUAUUUAUGUGCCUAUGUGACUGACAUUCAUAUUUGGUGUAUGUGCACAUUGUUAUGAGAUGCAUUUGCUGUCACUGAAGUCUUUUUGUAUGCAUGCUGCACUCCAUAUGUUUAUCUGUUGUGUUAACCUUAAACCUUAAAAAGCAAUGCAAUUAUUUUAUACGAAAUGCACUAAAGGAACACAACUAGGAAAUGCUUAUUAAAGUGUUUUCACUGGCAA